AUGGUCGCGACGACGGCAGACCUGGUGGUCAACGGGAGCAUGGCACAGGCGCUGGACGUGUGUAGACGCCUGCUGCGUACGGGCAGCAGCGUGCAAUGCGUGGAGACAGCGCAGCUCGUACUGGAGCGACUGCGUAGUGGUGGCACCGAUGAUUCGAGUGACGAUGUGAACGCGCUGCUGCGGCUGCUCGGCAACUACGUGACGCCCACGCGGGAGCUGACUGAGGAGAUUCUUUCACUGCUGCUCUUUUGUGAUCAUCGUGUGCUGCUGGUCCAUCACUUGCCCAAGUUGACGUACCAGUCGAAAGAGUGUAUGGAGCUAGUGGUGCAAGCUUAUUUGGAGCUCCUGGCGACGGACCGGUCCUCGUUGGUGCCGGUGCUGGGAUCUCUGGCGGAAAUGCCAUUGGAUACCAGUGAAAAGAACACGGUAGUAGAGGCAACGCAGUCACUGUUGGAUGCGGCGGAAGAGAGUGACAUACCUGCAGUGGUGCAGAGUUUACUGUCUAUGGUGACAAAAUUGUCGGCUCCGAAGGCGCUCGGUCGACUUCGAACCGAGUGCAACCGCAUUCAGUCAGGUACGUUAUCCCUCACGAUGGAAGUGAUUGGACGCUUUGCAAGUGCGGGUUCGGUGGCACUAGCAGCAUUGCUCCGCCUGAUCCGACACGUCGAACCGCUGACAACGUUUGACAUCCUCUCGCUGACUCUCGUGAUGGGCAAGUCGGCUGAAAAUGAGUUAGCUGUACGAACUACAACGUCUAUUGCGCAAAGUGGCCGGAUAUACGGCCGAUUGAUGCGCGAAGCCGCUAUGAUGCUUGUGAGACCAGAAUGGACCUAUCUGCUUCCUUCAUUCGUCCAGUUUUGUAGCUGUCUUCUUGCAACCUGUUUCCGCGCUUCUACUCGGGUCACGCUGGCUUCGAAUUUGAUCAGCAGCUCUGUCGACUCGUUCAUUGUUCUUAUCGAGACCGCCAGUAUUGUGCACGAAGAGGCUUUGAUUCUCUUACUGAAAAUUGCAAGCCAACCUAAGAAGUUAUUGCUACUCGCUAACGCUGAUUCAGUGCAACGUACUCGAAGCACUCUUUGUUGGAAUGUGGCGGAAGCAAUUGCACUGCGGUUAUUAGAACUUGCCCGGAGGAAUGCAGGUGCACUGGCAUCGUCAUCACACUUAUUCCUUGACCACCUUCAUGGAAUUGCUUCUGCUACGACUGUUGCCGAAAGGUAUCCGUCACAUAUUCUCGAUCUACUCUGUUCGACCAUGGCGUUAUUGACGAAGAAGGAACGGGGCAUUUAUUCACUGCUGAUGAUCACUAUUCAAAAACAACUUGUGACGCGGGUAGGAGCUUUUGGUUUGCCUCAUGACCAGCAAUCAUUUCGACUCCAAAGUGGUCGAUCUCUACAGAGUCGUGCCAGUGCCGUGGAGGUAAAACAACUGAUGGCGGUCUUGCUUGCUGGACAUCUCCUUAAAAACCAAGUUGUCAUAGAGUCUCGCGACCGGAAAACACUAGCAAACUGGAUGUUGCGUCUUUUGGCUUCUGCAAAUCGUGAUGAGACGCUGCUGCAUGUGUUGGAAUUCGUGCGAGACGAAAUGAAUCGAUCACGUGAAGUGUCAGCCUUGGAGCAAGAGCGGGCACUACUGACUCCAGCUAUUUUUCAGGUGUUUAGAAAGAAAGGUCUCUGUUGGACAUCGCGCGACGAGGUACUUCAGCGAGUGAAGGAGGACAACAGCGUUGUGAUUGCGUAUGAUGACGUAACCAGCGCUCGCGCAACUGACUGCAACGGGCGGACAACUCUAUUAGUUCUGGAUGCUACAGAUUUCGUGUUCAAGCUUCGCUUUGGUGUGCUGUCGUUUUCGUUUGGUAAAAUGAGCCAAAGUGAACGAGAUGUGCAUCAAAAGCUUCUGGAGCGAGAGUACUUGACGAAAAUGUGUCUUCUCCGGGAACUGUUUCAUUGCUACAUGUGCUUUGCGACUCCUAUCGAGCAAUCUGAAAUUGUAGGUGCUGCGUGCUUGCUCCCUUCCGCUUACAAGCAAGCCUUAAGCGCCGAGGCGUGCGGGUCGAUUGAGCCUGUUGUUUUGAAUACUGUAAUCUGGAAUCUAGUAUGUGCUCUGGAUGUCGCAGUCGCAUCAACUAAUUUUGCUGCAAAACAGUACUCGGCAAUAACAGACACACCAGCAUUGCAACAAGGUCGUAUGGAUCAGCAUGCACGGAUGACAACGAGGUUGAACAUCUGCCUGAAGCAGCGGAAUCAUCUUGCGCAGAUACUGGCUCGUCAGAAGGUCAACAUAGUGGCCCGCUUAGAGAGCAUGACCGACACAGCAAAUUUGCAGUGUACUCGCGGACAAAAGGAUGAACUGGAAUGGAUGCUGCAAGAGGCUUCAGUUGCUGAACAACUACUUAACGGUGAGCUUCGUCGUGUACAAAAGGAACCCCCUCGUGGCUCGCUGUCCGGCCUCGACUUCCGCGUUAUCUGCUUGGUAUUUGAAGGCCAGUUUGGAAGCUUACCGAAACCGACACUGUCGGUGGACGAUGAAUUGGAGCUAUUGCAAGUUUUCAGUCAACACUUACAGAAUAAUGCUAUAUCUUCUUCAGGCUUCGAUGGCUCAUCGGAUAGUAGUGGAAACCUGAAGUUACUUGUCUCGAUGAAAGAAGGACGCUGUACAGUGAAGUGGCUAUGUCAUCGUGCAGCGGAGCUCAGCCACAUGAUCAGCAAUGAUAACUAUGGUGAUGAUUUGAAAUGUUCUGCAGACGAAGACAGUGAGGUUGUCUCAGCAGAAGCUGUGGUCGCAAGAGCGAGGACGAGACAGUCACUUGCUUACAGUCUGGCGUACAUUUACGAUUCGUUCAUUCUGCUGUUAGAAGAGUGUCGUAUCGCAAACACGGCGAGAGACUCUACUUGGACCGAAAAAAUGAUGAAGCUGCUUGCUGCAGGCGCAAGUCCUGGUGACGAUUCGUCUCGUAUCGAUAAGCCGUAUGGAUGUGAUGAGGUCUUUUUUCGCUUCCUGGCGCGACAGUGCCUCGAGUUGACGGACCCUACGCUGGCUUCGUUGGUCAUCGAUGCUCUCGUCUCGCUUGUGCUGAACACGAAGAAGAGCCCUCUUGUCAGUCAGCUAUGCCUCGCUUUGUUGCACCAGACGUUUCCGGCUGCGCCCACUCUAUGCCAGUUCGACGCAUUCGCUGGAAAGUUUCUUAGAGAUCUGCCGCUGAGGUCCCUGUCUAAAGCUGUUGUCUCUCCGGUCAGCGGCCGUGUGUGUUCGUUAGCAAAAUACCGGUGCACUUCGAUGAAAUGGCGUCACAUUGCAUAUCUAGUAGUAGGGGCUUGGGCAUUCACUGCGUCAGCAUCGUCGGGGUCAUUCCUGUUGGCUCAGUUUCUUGAGGAAAUGCGCGCUUUGAUUGACGCCGCUGCAUCUGACAAUGGCGAACGGAACGGCCAGAAGAAGAGAACAGCAGACAUGGAUGAAAGCGAAGACGAAUCGGACGAGAAUGACUUGGACGAAGGACGCUAUCAAGACGAGCUUGCUGUGGUGGCAAAUGGGGAGCACGUUGUGCUGAAAAACCUGACAAAUGAGUCAUUGCCGUUUUUCAUUGAGGCGGUUCUACUUUGUGCUAUCGCUUCAUUGCAUCGAGCAGCCCCGAAGAAAUCGAGCACACAAGCUCUUGCAGAUAUGAAUCCCUUUAUGGACUACUGCAGAGCAAUGAAUGUUUUUGGAAGUGCAUUAAGAGUGUUCGCACAAGCUGAAGCGUGCGGAUUCAACUUGCCGUCAAAGACGAACUUGCUCGUGCUGCGGGGAGGUGCAUUUGCCAUGAGGAGUGUCAGGUCUAUUUUGACGAAAUGUGUAGCCUGGCGCAUCGAUCAAAGUGUGAGCGAUAGCACUGGCGCGUUGGAACAUUUGGUCAUUCUGUUUGGUGCUGCUUAUGCCAUCUCGGUAGCGAUGGAGAAGGUGACGCAUACCUUCCAGGAGCGUGUUGUCUUGAAAAUGCAACGCAAUGGACGGAGAAGAGGGUGGUCCAGUGAGUUACUAGCCAAGGUGUACGGUCGGAAAUAUAAUGCACACCGAUUGAUUUCAAAGACGGAGGCGAAGUUAGUUCCGUUCUUCUCUCACGGCAUCCAAGAGCUUCAAGACUUUCUACAUGGUCAGAGCAACGUGAACAAUAUCAAUCUAGAAGCGGCAAUGGCUCAGUGGGAAGCAGUAGAAGAUAUCUGGGGAAACGUCAAGUAUCGUGACGUAAUGCUAAGUGGUGACAAACUUGUUCGUGCAUGCCAGACUCUCCAGACAAACGAGCUUACAUCUGCAUUGCUUAAGGAUUGGCGACCUGCCGUUUUAGCUGACACGGACGAUGAUGAGACCGAUGACGACGAUGAGGAAGAGUUGGCUGGCACUCAAGAAGGUGAUGAGGAAUCGUUGUCCGAGGAGGAAGACGAUGGCUUUGUUGUGAGGUCCGGUGUGGCCACGUCAACGAACCAAAGAGCCUUGCUGAGUGAUCACAAGAACCUUGCGGUGGGACUUCAAGAUAACGGAGACCUCGGAUUUCCAACUAUAGUUGUCAACUUCAAAAAACAAAAGAAGACGCACAAGUGA